GAUAUGUGUGAGAAAAUAAAACAAAUUAAAAUUGAUUUUCGUACUUUGAAGAAAAUUGUAGAAAAUCAGUUUAGAGGUAAAGUAGGUGCAGGUGGUAGAGAUCGACCAAUCGAUCUUUUGCCACAGUUACCAAUUAAAGAUGUGGAGGUUUUUGAUAAAUUUAACCGCGAUUUAGAGACGAACGAUUUGAUGCAAACUCAAUUGAAAAACUUUAUGACAUCUAUAGGAGGAAAGACAUUAGAGAAAUCUAUGAGAAACGGACUUGAAGCAAUAAUUUCAAACGAGCUUGGCCGCAAUACAACUGGGUUGUCAUAAAUGACCAGAAAAAAGUCUG